AGUUAUUUAUCCGAAAUUGGAAUUUUAAAAAAAUUAAAAAUAUCAACAUAAAAUUGUAUAAAAAAAUGCAAAAUUAAUGUGAAAUUGCUUCAAUUGGCAUGGAUCUAUAAUAAAGUGGUAAAGUUUUUAAAAACAAAACACCCACAAUAGCAAUAAAUUGAAAAAAUAAAAUGUUUAAAUUGGAAUCGUAUAUAACUCCAAUAAUUUUAAAUCAUGUUGCCAAGUAUGUGAAAAAUAUUCGUCCUGAAGAUUCACAGGUAUCUUUGUGGGAAGGUGAAGUUGCAUUUCAAAAUCUUGACCUUCGAUUGGAUGUUCUCGAAGAAGAACUCAAUCUUCCUUUCGAAUUUUUAUCUGGUCAUGUUCAUGAAUUGUCUAUUUUGGUGCCAUGGAUGAAAAUCACUUCGGAACCAAUUAAAAUUACCAUCAACACAAUCGAAUUUGUUCUUAAAUUGAAAGAUUCUAAUUCCGAAUCGCCAUCGCCAAAAAAGACAGAAAAGAAAAAGAGAAUAUCCAAAGUUGAAGAUGGAACACAUCAGCAACAAGGUUAUAUGCCUGGAUUGGUUAAUAAAAUCAUUAAUAAUAUGGUCAUUAAUUGUCACAAUAUCAUUUUGAAAUAUGUGGAAGAGGAUAUUGUUGUUUCGAUGAACAUUCAAUUGUUGUCGUUUAGUUCGGCUGAUGAGUCGUGGAAGCCGGCAUUUACUGAUAUCCAUCCAUUGAGAGUAUUCAUGAGGAAGCUUGUACAAGUCUCUGAUUUGACUAUUUGCUUGGAUAAACGCAAUGCUGCUGGACAAAUUGAUGUGUGUCAGGAACCCAUUUUAUAUCGAUGCUCUCUCGAAAUGCGAAUCGUUCGCAAAUACAACAUAAACACCUUCCAUCUUGGCAGUAUCACCAGAAUUGCAAUUUUUACAAAACUAAUGGAAAUGAAUGUAUCUUCUCUGCAAUUCCCAAUGGCAAUGCGUUUGUUUAAACUGCUUAUGGCUCUCAAAAAUGGCGAGUUAAAAUCUAGGUCCACAGCCAACAUCCAUGACGACGAUAAUGACGUUCAAGAAGGUGCUGCUUCUGCAUCAGGUUCUUAUCUCAAUUGGGCCUGGAAUUUAAUACCGAGUUUUGGCUUAACCGAAUCCGAAGAAGAAGAAACCGUUGAAGAAGAACUCUCCGGUCAGCUAUUAGACAUAGGAAUUUAUGUUGAAGCUUUGAAUUUCACACUUAAGAGUUCAGAGUUUAUAACCGAUUCCAUUGUUGGGGCAACCAAGAAAAUCCGUUACUCUCCAAUUGUAAAAGUAAUUUUGGGCGGCAUGUAUUCCGAGACUGUUAUGAUUUCCGACAAAAAUUGGUCAAACACAAAAUCUGGGUGCUCUAGUAUUGCUAUUGAGCCUCUGGAUGGCUACAAAGAUGAAGACGCUGAUAUGAUAUCGUUGGUAACAUCGGCUCCAUUGUGUACAAAGGCUUUUCUUGACCGCAGUCUCUUCGAUAAGACUUUUGUUGAAAAAGAUUGGAAUGUAACCACCAUUGAAGAAUACAAUGCUAGGGUUACUGAGGAGUAUCUCCUCUAUCGAAGCCCUGCCAUGGCCUUUGAUCUUGUGCAAUAUAAAGAAGAAACUGACGAUGACGAAGUACCUACGUCCAAGUCAGAUGAGAACAAAAUCCGAAUCGUAUAUAGAAUGCUGGCCUCUUCUAUGACCCUAAGGCACAACCAAACCUACUGUCGGAUUGCAGCUGUGCUGCAGGAACUUAUCGCCGCUUAUGACUAUCCGCCAUAUGUUGAUGACAAGACAGACGCGACAGCUGGAUCUCCAAAACUUCACCCACCACUCUUGGAAGACUAUGAUUCUCUAAUGACUGGAAUUCCACUACGAAUUUAUAAAUUCAACCUCAGUGCAAUAAAUAUUGAAUUUCAUCCAAAAACCGAACCACUCAGUAUCAAAACAUCAAAGAAACUUCCAUUGGCUUUGCGUAAAAAUCUACCAUAUUUUAAACUUUCAUUCGAAAAUGUUGAAGGACAAUGGACGACACCGCUUGAUACAGACAAACUUGUUCAUACAACUUGUCAAUUGCCAGAUAAACCAAUUGAACUUUUGAAUGCGUGCUAUGCGAAUGCUCAACUUCGUUUUAAGAAUGUUUCACUUAAACUUAAACAACAGUCGGAGAGUUCGAAAAUAUUCAAUAUUCCCAAAGGAAGUAUUUACUAUGGAGAUUUAUUACAACCGGCUUUGUGGAAAAAUGGAGAAGUUCCUUUGCGUAAGAUCGAUGUUGCAUUUGAUAGCUUCGCACUGGAAUUUUCCAAGAGUGAAUUAGUUCUGGCAUUACGUUUGUGGAAUACAGUUAGAGAAUAUGAUAGCCAAAUUAUUCGACAGAUGUCGAAACAGGAUCCUACUCUAGAAACGAAAUCAGUGAGAGUACGAAGUCAAUUUAAGAAAUUAAGUUUUGAACUUAAAAAACUUAUCUCAACGACAAUGUAUCGAGGAAGUCUUAAGCUAUUGCAGUCGUUUAUAGUUCGUCCUAGUCAGACUGAGGGGCAUUCGAAAAUUAAUCUUUUUACAACUGUUGGUGGGCACAGAAACAAGUGGCUGGAUUGGUAUUUCCAAAUGCCAAAUGAUUUCACAAGCAGUGAUUGUACUAAGUCAGUAGUUGCUUUAUGGAUGGAAGACUAUAAUUUGCUGAUUGAUGAAAAUCUGGUGGAUUUUCUGCAAUUUAUGGAAACACCAGAAACAUUGAUAUCUCAAAAAGCAUUCGCAGAACUUACACCGGAAGCAAAUCCAUCAACUCCACGAGCUCCCAUGGUAAAGCAAUCAUCCAAGAAAUCCUUACAUUCCGAAAGAUUACCAUCACGAAGGAUUAGUUAUCCCGAAGAAACAAUACAUGUCAGUUCAGAAAGAGACGAAAAAGCCAACAUCGAAACAAGUCGAGAAAAAGAACUACGAGAACAAUUCUCUUAUAGUAAAAUCCUUCCAUUCAUCAAGAGCGUAGUUGUAAGAAUUCAAAUUGCCAAAGGCAAUGUUCGUUUGGCUUCAAGUCCAAAUAAACAAUCGCCAAAUAUUGCCAAUUACACUGAAAUCACACUGCCAAAACUUUUAUUCAGUUCAGCAUCUGCUGAACACAUUGAUCGCUUUAACGUACAAAAUGAAUUCAAACUUCAAAAUUCCAAACCAUGCAAAGAUACAUUCCCCUGGACCUGUAGCAUUUCAGAUUUUGCUAUUAAAAGUUCAUUAAACAAUAUUGCCCAAGAAGUCAUACAUCCCAUACAAACCUCAAUAACCAUUGCAAUGACCCACAGGAAAGAAACAUUAAGUGUUUCAAAAACUGAACAGCAACAACAACAAAAACCCACUGUUGUAGAAAAAUCAGAAACAGACAAAACUAAACUAAGUGCAUCACCUACAAUAACAACUGUAGACAGUGGAUUUAGUCCAAGAACAUCAGAAGAUUUCCAUCGCAAGACUACAGCCGGUGGCAGUGUAUCGGCCAACGGAAGAAGCCAAUCUUCUGAAGAAAAUGGACAAAAUAGCAUUGAAUCAGAUAAAAGAAAGAGCUAUUUGCAAGAAGCUGUAGAAAUAGUGUUUUCUGGACGACGAAAGUCACAAACGAGAGAUAUUGUUGCUAUAAGCUUGCAUGUUGACACUUCACCGAUACAUGUUGAAUUUGGUUCAGAGAGAACCCAACUCAUGCUCGAUCACCUGUCAUUCCUUUCAAAAACUGUCGGUUUCUUACAAAUGCCUCAAAAUAAGACAUCCACCCAGGAAAAAGAUGAAAUUCAAAUUGUCACUGCUGCCGAAGAAAAUGCCAAUUUAAAGCAGUUUCUUGAAAUGGACACAAAUUCUGAAACAUCAAUGGCGUCAAUUGAAAAAUCUAGCAGCAAAUUCGUUGCAUCAUAUCUUCUCCAAUGGACUAUUACCAAAUUCACAGCCGAGCUAGAUGCUUCCAAAACUUCGAAAUGUAAACUCGUUUUCGAUAUGGAAGAUCUCAUAACCUCGGUGGACAAACAAGAAGACUUUACCAAAUUUAGCAACAAAGUUGGAACAUUGAAUAUGAGGUUCUUUGAAAUGGGAGCGGGAGAUGAAUUUGUCCUUAGUGAUCGUUUGAGAAUAAAAAUGGUCAAUGAUUCUACCCAUCCAACUCCUUUCUUCAACAUGAUCAUUACCACAGUGAGUGUAAAAAAUUUCUUCAAAAGAAUCGGAGCUAAACGUAAAGAAACUGAUCAUUGUCGUGCUAUUUCGGAAGUUAUUGUAAAAAUGGAAGAAAUCGAAAUGAUUAUUGAUUUGGACAAAUUAGCAAUUCUAGCUCCAGCUUUGAAAGCUCUAACAGGAGGAGAAAGGGUCAUUAAGAAAACUGAACCAACCUCAACAACUCCUUGUACAGCUUACCAAUUGCCAAUGGUGCAUUUAGAAAGCAGAGGCUUUACAGUUUACAUUCCAACAGAAAGUUCAAAAACUUGGUGUUCCGUAGCGAUUUUCAAGACAUAUUUUAUCAAAAUCUCUCCAAAUUUGGAGAACCCUCUACAGCGAUGUCCUGUGCGAACUGAUGUGUUCCAAAAAGCUGCCCAAAUGGGAAUCCUCGGGACACCGGGUUCAGUUAUUGAAGACCGUCAGUAUGAGAUGACUUUUGGAAAUAUAUCAGCAGCAACAGGGAAUUGGAAUGAAAUCCUCACCCACAUGAAAGAGCAUGCCGAUAAUUUCCGGAAUACUAAUCCCGCUUUUGAGUGGAACAAUCAAAGUCGUAAAAACUCACUCGAGUUGAGAAAAAUCUUUAAAAAUAUGACUUUUGUCAUAACAUACGCUCCAUGUAUCACUUGCAAUAAUGUUCUCGUCUGUGGACAAGCCAUCGAGUUUAAUUGUAUGAAUGAUUUGGUUGCUGAUUUGUCUAUGGAUCAGUUGAGUUUAUUAAGUUGUAUUAUCAUAAAAAUGGAGAAUAUCAUGAAACCGAGCAUAAACUCGAGUACGAUUUUGAAAAAAUCAAGAAAAUCCUCAUCGAAGAUUUCUUUGAAGGAUCAAGCAUCGAACAAGAAAUCCAAAGAGUUUAAAUCCACAGCUUCAUUUCAUUCCUUGGAUAAACUAGAUACAAGCCAACGAGAGGAAUCGUUUGAAAAACCAAUCACUGAUUCUGGAUUCUCUUCGAGUAAACGUUCAUUUUCAAAAAAACUAAUCAGAGAUUCAUCUUCAAGUAGUCUAACAACAAGGGCGAAAUGUAUGCCUCACACAACAUCGUUUGUGGCGGGAAUAUUCAUCAUAAACUUGUUCAACUAUUCAAGAAUCGAAAAAAGCGAUUCGACUAUAGUUGAAAAACUUACCCCACUUUUAUCGCUCCAUUGUAAUCAACCGAGUUUUAUGAUCUCACAAACGAUCUUUGAAGUAACCAAGAGGUAUUCUCUCUUUAAUUUUGCCUUUAGUUUAUAUCAUCCAACAGAAGAUGAAGAAAUUAAGAUUGAAAAUGACGACUCUGAGGAUGAAAAACAAGUUCCAGAAACAAUAUUUGAUACAAAACGUGGAGAAGUAGAUUCGUCAGGUAUUCCACCACCCCUUUUCGUUCUAAAAUCUCAUAUAACAAAAUCGAAGAAGCAUGAAAUUGAUUUGAGUUUUAGCAAACCAGCGACAUUAAGACUAUCAGAAACCUCAAUUAAAUUGCUGACAGAGCAUAUGGUAUUGUUCUAUGAGACAUUGCUUGAAAGUUCAUGUUUUAAUGCUCGUUCGGAGAAAUCGAUCUUUCGAGCAACUAAAAUUCAAAUGAUGAAAAAUAUGUUCCUUCAGGCAGAUCGUUUUAAUUUGAAGAUCGAUAUGGUUUCUUUGAAAUUUUCCGAGGAUUUAAAAUACAACAUGAAAGUUAACUUGGCUGAUAUUAGAUUGUCAACUAGAUUCCUUAAUAGACCAGAAAAAAUGAACAUCAAAGGAUCGAUGGGUGGACUUUAUGUGGAAUCGAAUAAGAAAAUUAUUAUUCAUCCGAUUGGGGUGAAAUUUAAUUUUGAUUUUGUUCAAGAGUCUUGGAAUCGAUUGCCAAUGGUGACGGCUAAUAUGAAAUUUAAUGUAAUUCAAUGUGAUAUUGGUGCGGAGACGAUAAGCAAUUAUUCAGAUGUAAUGAAAGCUUAUAGGGCUGGGAUGGAAGCUUCUAAUAGUUUGUGGGAGGAUUUCUUGAGAAGGCGAUGUGGCAAUGAUAUUGAGACAAAUCGAGAACGAUUGCAGAAAGUUUAUCUGCCGGAAGUUGAACAUAAAAAAACAGCUGAACCAAAGGAAGAAUUCUAUCAGGAUGAUUUAAGAGCUGGUGCUUUUCAAUUUGUGGAAAUGGUAUCUGAUACUUUUUUGCCGAUGCCUUAUCAAAUUCAAAUUAUUAAAAAGAAUUAUGGUAUAAUUUGUUGGCGAUAUCCACAGCCAAGGAAAAUGGCUAAGAUUCAUAUAUUUCCUGUACCAAUGGCAGUUCCCAAUCCAAUUCGUAUCAAAUGUCGAAUGGAAUACUAUAGUGAAGCACAUGAAAGUUUCUUGCAUUAUUGUGAUUUUUGGCUAUCGGAAACUGUUUCGCUGUCAAUUCAGCUUCCUGAUCGGGAGAUAACAGCAAAUAUUUGGCGUGUUGUGAUUCAGCAAUCGCUGGUGUCAAUUAAUCGUGAAUGUUUCGAUACAAGUGAGGAGGAUGAAGAACUUAGAUCGAUUGUCAGCAUCGGCAUCGAUGAGAUUCUCAAUUCAGCUAAAAAAGAAUCCGACUUUAUACUACAUCCAAAAGUACUAGUUGGCUGUAUGCGAAUAGAUACAAUAUUCCGACCAUGUGCAAUCCCUAAAUUCCAAAUACUUCUGAACAUCAAUGAAAUGCAAAUAAACCUUCAGAAUCAUCAAAGCAUUGAUUCUAAGCUUCCUGUAGAGUUAAAAAAAUUCAAAAUUUCCGAAAACUCUAAACCAAUAAAUCAAACAUUCGCCCGCAUAGGAUUUGAAAAGACUAGUAUUCAUGCAUCGUUCCAUACGUUAAGCAAUUAUUCAAUACAUUCCGAAUUGAAAUUUGGUAUUAAAUGCUUAGAUCAUGGUUAUCUUAAUCUAAUUUCAAUGAUUGAAGAUACUGAUUUGAGUGCUUUUUUUAGAAUAAACUCUGCUGUCGAAACUAGCAUUGUUGCCGAUCGGCUUAGCUUAAAUUUAGGUCCAUCGAUACUGCAUAAUUUGAUUUGCGCCAAACAAAACUGGGAAGCUUACUUCCGUGAAGAAAGUGAUCGGAAAUCUUAUCUUAUAAGUAAAUUUAUUGUUGCAAACCGAACUCACACAAGUCUGAGUUUUGGCCAAAGCGGCACCGAUGAACGAAUACUGUUGAAUCCCAAAGAAUGUUGUAAAUAUUCUUUCCACAGUGAUUGUUUCGGUCAGGAGUUAACUUUUUACCUGUUCGAUGGAAGAAUCGAACACAAAAGUAAUUCUGUUGGUAUAACUCUGGAAUUUCCAGCAUCGUCUGAGAGCAUUGUCAAUCAUGUACCAAUCGAUGAUAAAUGCUUAGUUGUAAGAACCCGCAAACUAUCAGCAACACAGUAUUAUAUUCUAAUCAAAGGACAAAUUGAACUAAUAUCUAUGGUCAAUGAAUCAUUCCUGUUGGAAUUUUAUCGAGAUGAUAAGAAGACUGAAGGCACUGAAAUUCGUUUGGAUGAAAAAGAUCGAGCUACAUUUUUACAGCCUGUUAUGACUGAUAGCAAUAUAUGUAUAAGACUGAAAAUGGAAGGUGAAAAGGGCAAAGGACAAACUGGAAACAUUCCUCUAAAGUCAAACAAAAGUUAUCCUUGGUUGGUUAAAGUUCCCGUAAGUGGUCCUGAUAAAUAUAUCAGCUAUUGGAUUCGAAUUAUACGGGAAUCCAUUCCGCAACUUUAUACAGACACAUAUCAUCCAGAAAAAAUCCUCAUAUGCAUUUGGCCAAUUUUUGAGGUGCGUUCAAUGAUGACUUGUCCAAUGAAUGCGAUAGAGAGCUCAACAAAUAAUCAAUUUAUCAUUGCUCCGGAAGGAAAAAGUCAUGCACUGAGUGUUCCAGCAACACAUCAAACUGAUCAUCGAAUAACGUUUAACGAUGAUUUUAAGACAGCACCUGAUUUCAAUCUCACACUAAAAGCAAUCGAUUGGAAUAAAUUCUUUUGGUAUGAUGAAAAAAUCUGGACUGUAGAUAAAUCACUUGCCGAACUAAGUAAACCAGCAGCCAUUAAAUGGCCAAUGAACGAUGAAGAAGAACUCCGAAUACGACGAAAUUGUAUGGACACUAAAACUACUUCUCUCCUCUACAAAUGUUCACCAAGCAGAGAAUUUUCGUGUACCCUUAGCCUUGAGGUUGCACCUUGGGGUACUUUUAUUAAUGCUACUGGACAAAAGAUUGCAGUACAGAAUUCAAAGUCAAUGGUUUUAGGUGAAAUUGUUUCGAAUGCAAUCGGAAUGUUACCUCUGAUUAAAUCAGAAUUUACAAUUGCAAUUGAAAACGGUGGAUCAUGGGUUUCGUCACUGCCAAUUAUCUUUGAUAAAAGUGUUGAGGUAGCAAAAAGAAAAUGUUAUCGUUUGAAUGAAAAUGACUCAACGGAUAUUGUCAUUUUGAGAGAGAAAGAAGUUUUCAAGUUCUAUUUAACGUUCUGUACGGAAAAUGAAAGAAACGUCUUUGUUUUGAAGCCAAAAUAUGUGAUAGCUAAUAUGACUAAGCAACCACUUGUUGUGUUGCCGUUCUGCUUGGAUCAUAAAGAAACAACUGGCCGAAAGAAUGUUGAAGUAUUAGGCGGUGGAAAUGGUGUAUCAGUGUCAGUUGGAACAACCUCAGAGUACAGUAUUGGAAUGUGUAUUGACGGAUUCCAUGACUUAAAUGUACACAAAUCUUCAAGGUCAACAGAUUCGGCUUUUGUGUUCUUCGUUUGUAUUAAAGUAACAGCGCGAUCGGAUGUAUCCAUACCAAUAACAUUGAUGCAUCCAUUUAAUAGAAAAUGCUUUAGUGUUCAACAAAAUGAGUCAUCUGUUCCAUUAUCAGCAUCACUUAUCGAAAAGAGUGGUCAAUUCUUUUUAAAUAUUUUCGACGACACAUCACCCAUGAUAUUGCUAAACAAUCAAACUGAUUUACCCCUUCUAAUUGGACAAACGACAAGUUCUGAAAAUAGUAAAGUUUCAAAUACUAUACCUGAAUAUGAUGGCAAACAUUGUGAAUGGUAUCAAAUAUCAAGACCACAUAGCCGAAUGUAUUAUACGCCACCAACAACGUAUGCAAAUUUUCCAGAUGUUGAAAAUUCUGUUUGUAAUAUUAGUAUAGCUUUGUAUAAUGAAAAUAUAACAAAGAAAACAAUAAAAUGGUCAAAGUCAAUUAAAACAAAUGCAUCAUGGGAGAAAUUUCUUCAUAUACCAGCACAUGGUGAUGUUAAAGUUAUUGUAUGUGAUAAACAUCGAAUAAUAAGAGUUUCGAUAUUUUAUAUUGCACAGCAACUUGAGUUCUCCGUUAAGGACCUUCGUUCACGUCUUCUUACCCCACAAUCAAACGAUUCCCCCGAAAAUACCAGUUCCAACGCACAAGACAUCGACACGAUUCUAAACGAUGAGCCACUUCAACGAAUCAAACCAUCGGCAUCAUCACAAUGCAUCCAUCAAUCAUGUGAUCCCUCUUCCUUACCAAAUGCUCCGCUUAAAAUAUUAUUCUCUAUAAACGAAAUCAAUGUGAAAAUCUUUGUUGAAUGCAAAAGUGUAGACUAUUUGAAAAAGGAAAUUUUCGCUCUGUACAUUGAUGAUUUCCUACUUUCUUACAACAACAGUAAAAGAACUCUAAAUUUGCAACUCACCAAUCUUCAAAUUGAUAAUCAAUUAUUUUCAUCGGGAAAUUACGACUUCCCAGUGAUACUUUGCUCUCAAGAACUUUAUAAACGAUCGUCAAAUUCCCCCUCGGUGUAUCUGAUCAAAAGAUGUCAUGAAGAAGAACGUCCUAGUCCAAUGGCAGAAGUAACAAUGGUUUUCUAUGAUGACGAACUCAAAGUUUCUUCAGUGACUUGUCGACUAAGCCCCAUCAGGACUUACAUCGAAGACACUUAUUUGAAUGAAGUACUGGACUAUUUAGUUGAAUGUGCUCCAGGCAAUGUUGUAUCUCAAUCAGGCUCGUCCGAUUUCUAUGUCAAUUUAGCGGAAGGAGAGUUUUUAAUUCCAAAGGAUAUUGUUGCCAAGGCUUUAUACAUAUCUGAACCGAUGAAGAUGCAAAGCUUCCGAAUCGAGUCUAUGAACGUUUUACUUUCAGUACACACUUGCGUCCGUUUAUACAUUGCCCUGGAUCAUAGUCCGCUGCAAUUCUCCUCCUACGAGAGACAGGAUAUCCUCACACUUCCUCUUCGAUUCGGUCAUACCCUCGGAAUGCAUUAUCUAUCCGGAGCACUUUUCGGUGCAGGUUGGGUUGUUGGAUCACUUGAGAUGCUAGGAAGUCCAAGUGGUUUAGCUCGAUCUUUCUCAAUGGGUUUGAAGGACUUUGUAUCAAUGCCUGUCCAGGGUCUUCUAAGAGGCCCCUGGGGCUUUGUUGUUGGUGUAACACAAGGAUCUGCUUCACUUUUGCGAAAUGUAACAGCCGGUACUGUUAAUUCAGUGAGCAAGCUAGCAGCCUCCGUAUCGAGAAAUUUAGAUCGACUCACUCUGGACCCAGAACACAUUCAACGAACUGAAGCUUUGAGAAGAUGUCGACCGCAAGGAUUCACCGAAGGCUUUACCCAAGGAAUCACAGGUCUUGGAAUCAGUAUUUUAGGAGCUGUCGGAGGAAUUGCCAGACAUACCUUAGAAGCUCGAACUACAUCGGAAGUUGUUACGGGAAUGGGCAAAGGUAUUGUUGGUGCUCUAACAAAACCAAUCAGUGGAGCUGCUGAGCUACUAGCACUCACCGGGCAAGGUGUUUUGCAUACAGUUGGAUUUAAUACGAUGCCACAUCAACGAUCGCCAUCGGUUCCCCGGAAUAUUGCUGUGCAGAUUUCGGAACAGAAAGUGUGGAAUCUGCUGUUGAGGAGUAUUCUUAAAAGUGUGCUUGAAAAGGAUCAGAUAUUGUUCUACAACGAAGUUACUUUGGUGGUUGAUGGGAAACUCUGUCCAGGAUCUGUGUUCCUUACGUCAACUAUUUUGGCUCUUUUUGACUCAAAAAGUAGUAAAUUUUCAUUCAUAAAUCCUUCACAAAGGCUAGAACUUUCCUUUGAUGCGAAUGAUAAGACGCUGCUGAAUGUUUGUGUUAAAAAACAACGAAAUGAGUUUGAAGAGGGUUCCUCUUAUACCAAUCAGCGAAUAAUGUCUUUUCUUCAAACAUCAGGACAUCAUAUGGGAAUGAGUAUGACAACAGAAUCAUUUGAUGAUAUUUUGAAAAAGGAUUCGUUGCAAAAUAGUUGUUCAUUUUAUUUGAGUGAACAUUUGGGACAGUAUUUGAUUGAAUAUUUAAAAAUUAUUAAUUUAAAUAAUUCAUAGAACCCACCCACACACAAAAAAAAAUAUACAUAAAUUAAUGCAAAUUUUUUGAAAUGGUAGUGAUUUUUAAAAU